GGCGGAGCGCGGCGGCUGCUGGGGGCCGGGGGAAGCCGCUGCGAGGAAACGAAACUGGGGCCGAGCCGGCUGACAGCAGAGCAGGAGCAGGGAGCCGCUGUCCCGCCACGCCGUCCCGUCCCGUCCCCAGCCAGGCGGUUGUGCCGAAAUGGCAGAAUAUUAUGUUAAGCCACAGUUGUACAAGGGAAAACUUCAUGAAUAUUGUCAAAAGAAUAAAUUACAACUUGAGUAUAAGGAUGUCAAAGUGGAAGGCCCUCCUCAUGAUCGUGUGUUCACUGUCAUGGUUGUAAUAGGUGACAGAGAGUAUCCUGUAGCUACAGGUAAAAACAAGAAAGAGGCAAAAGAAGAGGCCGCAAAGGCAGCAUGGGAUAGCAUAACACAAGAAAAUCAAACUAAACAGGCUUCGCUCCCACAAACUCCGCAGCCGCAACCGCCGAAACCAUCGCCGCCACCACCACCACUGCCAAUAGCGCCUUCAUCAGACACAUUGGAAGAGAUACAACCACUUGACUAUAUCUCCAUGCUUACCAAAUAUGGACUAAAACAUAACAUAAAGAUUGACUAUAAAUUAGAAGAUGAAUCUGGACCCCCCCAUAAAAAAAUAUUUUCUUAUAGCUGUAAAAUUGGUGAUAAGAUUUAUGGUGAAGGCACUGGAAAUGAUAAAAAAGCUGCAAAACAGGCUGCUGCAAAACUUGCAUAUAAGCAGUUAGGAGCUCAAGAAACGUCCAGGGCAGGGAAACACGCAGCUGUUGCCAGUUCUGCAAAUAGUCUACUUAGUAAUUCUAGUGGAAUAUCAAGCUGGUCAUCUGAAAAUGGUACUGAUUCUGCAUCUAAAAAUAGAAAUUCAGAUGGGAGCUUGGUAAAUAAAAUGAAUGACCUGAAAGUAGGUGAAGAUUGUUCAUCAUCAUCUUGGGCAACUCCCAAAAAUGCUGCCAUGAAACCUAAGAGAAGAGAGAUCGCAACUAAAUUGGCACCCUCAUUCUCAGAUCCGAAGGCCAAGUACACUAAGGAUGAAAGACUUAUCAAGGAUUUUGAAGAGAUAGAGCCAAUUGGCAGCGGUGGAUUUGGGAAUGUUUUCAAAGCAAAAAAAAUUAUUGAUAAGAAGAACUAUGCUAUCAAAAGAGUCAUGUGUAGCGAUAAAGUACAGCGUGAGGUACAAGCACUAGCAGAACUUGAGCAUGAAAACAUCAUACGCUAUUAUACCUCUUGGACUGGGAAAGACUAUCUCAAUUUUGAGAAUAGUUCAAGCCUUUCAAGACCGAGGCCAGAUUUGCUAUGUGAUUGCCUUUUUAUCCAAAUGGAAUUCUGUGAGAAAGGAACACUGGGUGACUGGAUUGAGUGUAGGAGAGGGAAGGAAAAUUACCAGACUGAGUCUCUCAUCAAAUUUAGACAAAUAGUGACAGGAGUGGAAUAUAUUCAUUCUAAAGGGUUUAUUCACAGAGACCUCAAGCCCCACAACAUAUUCAUAUCUAGUGAAGAUAAAAUAAAAAUAGGUGACUUUGGACUUGUAACUUCAAUGACAGAUGACCUACGGACAACAGAAAAAGGAACAAGAUCAUAUAUGAGCCCAGAACAGGUUGGAGACAAAUAUGGACAGGAAGUGGAUAUAUUUGCACUAGGAUUAAUUCUCUUUGAAAUUCUUUGGAUAUUUUCCACUGGCAGUGAAAAAAUUAAGGGCAAGAAUAAGGGAGGGGAGAAAAAAGAGAAGGAGUGGCACAAAAUAAGAGACUGUGUACUUCCAGAGGAGUUCAGCAAGAAAUUUCCGUUAGAGAAAUACAUAAUUGAGCAAUUGCUCUCAAAAGACGCUGCAAAGAGACCUCCAGCAUCUGGUGUACUGAAGCUUUUGAAGCUUGUUGCUAAAAAGAACCUAAACAACGCACAUACAUGUUAGACUGCCUAUCUAAAGGAACAACAUAAGCUCUGUUUCGGUCCAGAAUUUGACACCCCUCGCCCCCUUAAAAUUGCUGAAACGUGACAAACGUAUUUGGAAUCUUAAGUUCAAUCCUAUUAUCCUUCACAAAACCAGGCUUUACAGGGGGAUCUUUGCAGGGAUUGGGGGCAUGAAAGCCUCUUCUUGUGACCCAGAACAUCAGUAUAAAUUUCUUCUUACACCCCAUAGUCUGAAGCCUUGUGCCCCUGCCCUUUCUCACCUGUGGGCAGGUGGUGGGUGUCAUGUUUUAUAGGUGGAUCAGCAGUCAUGGACCCAUAGUUAUUUUCAUCCACUGCUGUGGAAGGAACCACUGUGCAGUAUUAGACCAUGGUACUUCCUGGGGUGGAGAGGUCUGGACAAUAGAAUGUCAGCAGGUCUGGUGCAGAGGGCCUCUUAUUUCCAUAAGUAUGAAGAAGGCAGGAUUUGACAUUUUAUACUUAGGUUUGCUGCUGCCUGCUGUUUUAAAUCUUUUGCUGUCUCCCAGCAAUAACCAUUUAUUUUUAUGUCACCUAGAAAUAUUGUGGGUUUUUUUUACAGUAGGAAAUUUUAGGAAAAAUUGCCACUUCUGGCAGUAUGGGUGGAAGUGCUAGGGCUGGGUUCACAAGAGGGACUUGGGUGCCUAGUGUAGCAGUUAGGCACCUAAGUCCAACAUUUAGGCACCACUUGCACUCACAAAAUCACUGGUCAGCUGCCAUCUAACCCUGUAGGCCCCUAAAGUCCCAAGGUGACUGAGUUUCUACUGGUGAAGUCCCAGAGGUUUCCAACUUUUUGUGGCUGGAUAUGCUCACCCAGGAUGGGGAAACCUGGGGUCAAAUCUCUAUUCUGCUGCGUCCUUCCACCUCCCAUGAGAGUAUCCAAACCACUGGUUUCAAUCUCUUGUUGAAGCUGCUCCACUUUAUAGUGGAUAAUGAAAUAUUCAUGGGGCCAGAGAAAGAGUGUGAGUGAUUCUAGUGGUUACGUCGGUCUGCUGGGAGGUAGGAGACCCAAGUUCAAGUCCCUUCUUCACAUCAGGCAGUGUAGAGAUUUGAACCCAGAUCUCCCACAUCCUGUGUGAGGGCUCUAACUGCUGUGCUAUGGGGUAAUGCUCCUUUGUGGUUUUUCAUGAAAAAUGACUAACCUGGCUUAGGUGUCUAACUCCAGGAGAAAGGUGUGAAUCCGAAGUGGAGGUAGGUGUCUUCCUCUAGUUGGGAUUUAGGCUCUCAACUCCCUUAAGCCCCUGGGAGGCCACAAACAGCUUUCAGGGGGUUCACCAAGCGGGGCCAGAGCCAGGGGCUGAAGCAUGGGGCCUGGAGCCCACCACGCGGGGUAUGGUGCUCCAGGCAACUGCCCUGCUUGCUAUCUCCUAAUGCCAUCUCUGGUUUUUAUAUGCAGAAAACCAGUUAUUGUGGGCCGUGGAGUUAUUGUGGGCCGUGGAGUUUUUCUAGCGUUUUGUGGUGGUGUCAGAAAGAAAAAGGUUGAGAAUCCCUAGCAAAGGCCACAUCACUCUCCACAGCAUUUCCACCUAAGCUAGCUAGUAGGCUGAGUGGGCUGGCUUUUGUGAAUCCCAUUCUAACUUUCCCCAUGCACUGUACAGAAAGCCUGGGUGCCUGACUCAGGACUGUGAAUUCCACUAAGGGGCAGGACACCUAAAAGUCCCCUUUGUGAAUAUAUAGCCUCUCAUGUAGAGAAGGUUCGUGUGUCUUUAUUACUGUCUAACACUGUGGGAAAAUAACUGAAGUCUUCUCUAGACAAGGUCUGUGCUGUGUGCUCUUCCCUGGCCAAUUGGUAUCUACAUAUAAUUAGCAAUAGCUAAUAUGCUUGUUGCUGGCACAUGGACCAAAAUAUUUGUUAAAGCACCUUUUUAAGUUGUUUUUUAUUACAUUAAUAUAAUAAAUUUCACUCCACUUAAAAACACCAGACAAGUUAAUGUUUGCCAAAUAGAAAAUGAUAAAAUUUGGUAAGAAAGCAUUAGAAACGUUAUACGUACUUGAAGAUUGCAAGCUUUUGGGUUUUUCUGUCUUUAUAUCGGAAUGUUAAAUUAUUAGCCAAUUGCUGGUGCUGUAUAAAUAAUGCUAAUAUGAUGAGGGUGUUUCAAACAAUGAAGAACUUAAAACUAUUUAGGCUCUUAAAGAAUGUGUCCCUUUGAGAAUUAAAGCUCAGUUUAAUGAUUCACUUUAUAGAAACCAGGUGUCACAAUGAGUUAACACAGCAGUUUUCAAACUUUUUGAGCUGAGCCCUCCCUUUGAGUUACAAUUUUUGGUUGUAGCCCCCAAACCCAGACACAAAAAGAGGCACGUCGGGGUAGAGAUGGGACUUCCUCUUCAAGCUCCACCACUUGCCUUCUCCCCCUCUCCCAAAUAUUCCUCCGCACCUCCACAGUUUGAGAACUGAGUUAACAGAUAAGAUCUGUUUUUGGUCUUUUGAAGAUAGGGAUUUGUCUCUGAAAUGUAAGUCCACAUCCUACCCAAGUCAGCUGUGUCGAUUGCUUGGGCUCCACAAUGUUCCCUCAGUAGUAGCCUUAUAGUAAUUAUGUGGUCUUCAAUCUCCGUCCACUUCCCAGGAGAAGAGUCAGUGACACCACCUCACUCCCCCAUUUUAUAUGUAUACCACAUGGAGACAGGGAUGCUGGAACAGUUUGUAGAGGGGGGGGGGCGCUAAGAGCCAUUGAACCAAACUGUAAACUCUGUAUAUGAUGGAAACCACUUCAAGCCAGGGGGUGCUGCAGCACCCCCAGCACUCCUAGUUCCAGCACCUCUGCAUGGAUAUGAGUUGUGGUGAGGCAGGUGCCGCAGACCAAGUGGUUGUGGAGGGUGCUAUCAAUAAGAGGCCAAGGGACCUUUAGAGCAAGGAAGCAAUCUCCAAUAAGUUGUGGAGAGAGGGAGAGCAAGCCCAGUAAAUAUCCUCUCCUCCCUGCCCUCCCAAUCUUUCUCUCUUCCCCCCGGAUACCAACCCUGUCCUAGAGGUGCCCAAUUUCUGAGCCUUUCACUUGGCUCUGCAGCUUCACACUCUCAUCCCCUGUAAGAUUAAGGGGUUCAGUUGAAUCUUUAACAUUUGGUUGCAUAGUUCAGGCACUUUAGAUUUUUGGGGGGCAUGUUUUAAUAGAAAAGUCUUGGCUGUGCUUAUAAAAAGCAGUUGGAGGUAGGAAUCAGGCGGUCAUAGGCAUUUUUAAUGCUUUCAUCACUGCAACAUAUUAGUGCCAAAGGGUAGCAUAACCAUUCUUUAAAAGCUGUUCUUAGAAAAUAAGGCCCUAGUCUUGCAGUGAGCAGGGAUAGAAUCACAGAACUGGAUCUGCCUGCUGACAUCCUUGUGCCGAUGUAGGGACCCAUUGGUCCACCUACACAGAGCUCAUUGCAAAAAUAGGGCCCAAAUUUAUAAUAUUAUGUUUGUAGAUAGCUAUUCUGAUUCUUAGAAACGGUGAAUAAAGUCAUAAUUUUUGUUCUUAUACUGAUCAAGUAUUAGCAUUGCCUGGCUUUCUAUUAGAAUGAACAGUACGCCUUAAAAAAAUCCCAACCACUGCAGGAAAGCACAUGUGUUCCUAAGUUUGUGCUCUCUGAGGUAGGGAAAUUUGGUGCUGGCCUGCUGCUACUGUUCAGAUUUAUAUAAAUUCUAAACUUGUGGUGGAUUCUUCUGUAACGAAUGAGAAUAAAUGUAAGCUUUUGCUCUUUUUUUUUUUUUUUGAGGUGAAUGUAAGUGCUUCGUUCCCUAUUAAAACAAAUGUUUGACAU